AUGGAUUGGCACCCGAUCCAGUUCGUCGCCCUUGCGCAGACCCUCGUCGAUCUCUUUGCAGGUCGUCGAGCAGAGCCAUGGAAAGACUACGAGGCGAGCUCUAGCUCGAGCCGCGUGCUGCCCGGACGACGACUCAACAGGGAGAGAGAGAUCUCUCUCUUUGCCGGCGAGUCUGAGCAUGCACAGCCGGAAGGCAGAGAGUCAGGUUCACUGGGGCGAACGAGACUGCGUGCAAUGCCAUCUGUGGGAGACGGCAAAGAGCAUUUUCCCCUUUCGGCGUACCUCUCGGACGAUGGGCGUCGGUUCUUUGCGCAAGCUCAGACGAUCCCGCCCCGUCCGAGCAGUGUAUCGCUCGUCCGUCGUGCAAUGCUGACUAUGCUGCUUUGCUUUUUCUUCUGCCUGCGAAUGGCGCACGCUCCGUUUGCUCUCUCAAUGACACGAUCCGCUGGCCUGAAGCCCGCUGCCAACCCGGCUGCCGGCAAGCCACAGACCAAGAAUGCCCCCAGCGCGACGAACAAGCUCCUCGAAAAGCGCCCUCGCAACUUCGGCAUAGGCCAGGACAUCCAGCCCAAGCGUGAUCUGACCCGCUUUGUCAAAUGGCCCGAGUAUGUCCGUCUCCAACGCCAGCGCGUCAUUCUCUCCCAGCGCCUCAAGAUCCCACCCGCCAUUGCCCAGUUUGAGAACACGCUGGACAAGAACACGGCGACGCAGCUCUUCCGUCUGCUGAACAAGUACCGCCCAGAGACAAAGCAGGAGAAGAAGGCCCGUCUCGGUGCGAUUGCUGCCGACGUCGAGUCUGGCAAGAAGAAGGAUACCGCCGACGGCAAGAAGCCCAUCUUCGUCAAGUCUGGUCUCAACCACACCGUCGCCCUCAUCGAAGCCAAGAAGGCUCAGCUCGUCAUCAUCGCCAACGAUGUUGAUCCCAUCGAGCUCGUCGUCUUCGUGCCUGCGCUAUGCCGCAAGAUGGGCAUCCCGUAUGUCAUCGUGAAGAACAAGGCGCGCCUGGGACAGGUCGUUCACCGCAAGACCAGCGCCGUCCUCGCCAUCUCUGACGUCAAGAGCGAAGAUUCCUCCGAGCUCAGCAAGCUCGUCCAGGCUGCAAAGGCCAACUACCUCGACAAGUAUGAGGAGACCCGAAAGCACUGGGGCGGCUCGAAGCGUGGCAACAAGUCUAUCGCCAAGCUCUCCAAGCGCGCAAAGGCUUCCGGCCAAUCUGCCGCGACCGUCUCGCGAACGUUCUUUGCCUCUGAAAGCCCUGCUGGCGGAAUGCAAGUCCAGGUGACGUUUGACGACAAUUCUUUUGCAUUCACCUAUUCGGGCAACUGGACUGUGCCAGAUACAUCAGCACGCGGCUUUCCGUUUGCCAACGAGACCCUCAACGGACUAGCCUUGACCGACUUGAUCGAUGGCACCUACCAUGCCUCUUCCACGCCGGGUGACUAUGCCGUCUUCAACUACACAGGGAGCGCGGGCUCGUUGUAUACUGUCAGUGGACCGGGUCAGGGCAGCUACAGCCUGACGAGCAGAGGCGACACGACAGACGGCAAUGACACGGCUGCUUCUGCCAGCAUCGUAUCCGCUCCCCUCGGCUCGAGCGAGAGCGUUCAGAUCAUCACUUCCAGUCAGAUCAACAAUACAGGCACAUCACUCGUCAUAGACGGUCUCACUUUCUCCGCCAUUGCAGGAGCACAGGGAUCGACACUCACCAAUACCACAAUAGAAGAUGAUUCUGCCCUGUUGACUUACUCGGGCAGUUGGUCGAGCAAUAGCGACACUCGCUUUUCGGGCAAUACGUCUACCUUCACUUCUGGCCAAGGUGCAAGCGUGACGGCGCGCUUCAACGGCUCGACGGUCUAUGCUUUCGGAGACGUCGUGGACGAUCACGGCCUGUAUGGCGUCACGCUAGAUGGCGGAGAUAUGGGACAGUAUGACGCUUACAAUCCCUUUCUGAGGAUCAACCGGCUCAAGUUCUUUGCGGCCGGCUUGAACGCUUCGCAACACACGCUCGUGUUCACCAAUCUGGGCUCGGGCACAUUCUUUGAUCUCGACAGGAUAGUCUACACCACGCCAUCGACUUAUUACACUGUCACUCAGAGCCCCACAGUGGGCAAUACGACAUCAUCUGCUGGUGUGCCCGGCAGCACCUCUGGCAGCAUGGCGACCUCGAACGCCGUCAAGACCACACGAUCUGUCAAAAAAGCAGCAAUGCUCACACUUGUAUGUACAGUAUUGGUCUUGCUGUUGUAG